UGACCUGGUUCAAAACCCUCUGGAUACAUCUCUGGCAGAAACCACACCUACAGAUGUACAACCCCUAAAUUUCAAAGCUACAAUAAUGGUUUUUCGCAACCUUCACCCAAGAUCAGGUAAAAGUGAGACAACUCCUCUUGGCAGUGCGGAUAAUAAAUGGAGAAAACAGUGCCAGGCGGCUUUGAAACCUACAGAUCCAUCACGUCAUCAUUUUGGUGGUCAUUUCAAAGUUCACCUUGCAGUAGCUGCAACAUCUGACAGAUGUUAUCGCCUCAUCCUUGAGAUCAUGGAUUUAUUCAGCCUUGGUAAACUAAAGGAGCAGAAACAUACAAAAGUGAACACAUGUCUGUUCUUGGAGACUGUUUCUUUCAAAGAUGAGGCAACCCUUUACAGACUGUUAACAGAAUUCAGAAACAGUGAAAUCUCCAAAGAAGAAUUCAAUCUUCAACUGAAACAGAUUAAACAAGCAAACAAGGGAACUGAAAUCAGUCAGGAGGCAGCUACCGAUGUAUUGGUAUUAAAGGAACAACUGAAAGAAAAGGACAGACUGAUUGAGGAGCUGAGGAUGCAGAACCUAUUACUAAGACAGGAACUGAAUAAGAUGGUAUGGUUCACUUGUGUAAAUGUACAUUCAUUUUUCUGA